AUGGACUGCCCAGUUGAACACUGCUGUUGGCAGCUCGUGCACCAGGUGGUUCGCGUCAUACUUGAGCUGGUGGUGGGAGGGAAGGGAAGGGAACCGGAGGGAUUAAGUAAGCAACACUUAGGAGACCUUCCUCGCAGCCCUCCCUCCUCGCAGCCCUCCCUCCUCACACCCCUCCCUCCUCACACCCCUCCCUCCACAGAGCUCUCACCAUUCUGGGGAAGGAGCUUUCACCAUUCUUGGGAAACACGAGCACCCGUUCCGCACGCCGGCAUGCGAGUUGAGAUAGCUAACGUGUCUAAACAAACACUUCCUCCUCACAUCACUUCCUCCUCACAACACUUCCUCCUCACAACACUUCCUCCUCACAACACUUCCUCCUCACAACACUUCCUCCUCACAACACUUCCUCCUCACAUCACUUCCUCCUCACAACACUUCCUCCUCACAUCACUUCCUCCUCACAUCACUUCCUCCUCACAUCACUUCCUCCUCACAACACUUCCUCCUCACAUCACUUCCUCCUCACAUCACUUCCUCCUCACAUCACUUCCUCCUCACAUCACUUCCUCCUCACAUCACUUCCUCCUCACAUCACUUCCUCCUCACAACACUUCCUCCUCACAUCACUUCCUCCUCACAACACUUCCUCCUCACAACACUUCCUCCUCACAACACUUCCUCCUCACAACACUUCCUCCUCACAUCACUUCCUCCUCACAACACUUCCUCCUCACAUCACUUCCUCCUCACAACACUUCCUCCUCACAACACUUCCUCCUCACAACACUUCCUCCUCACAUCACUUCCUCCUCACAUCACUUCCUCCUCACAUCACUUCCUCCUCACAACACUUCCUCCUCACAUCACUUCCUCCUCACAUCACUUCCUCCUCACAUCACUUCCUCCUCACAUCACUUCCUCCUCACAUCACUUCCUCCUCACAUCACUUCCUCCUCACAUCACUUCCUCCUCACAUCACUUCCUCCUCACAUCACUUCCUCCUCACAAUACUUCCUCCUCACAUCACUUCCUCCUCACCUCACUUCCUCCUCACAUCACUUCCUCCUCACAUCACUUCCUCCUCACAUCACUUCCUCCUCACAUCACUUCCUCCUCACAACACUUCCUCCUCACAUCACUUCCUCCUCACAUCACUUCCUCCUCACAUCACUUCCUCCUCACAACACUUCCUCCUCACAUCACUUCCUCCUCACAACACUUCCUCCUCACAUCACUUCCUCCUCACAUCACUUCCUCCUCACAUCACUUCCUCCUCACAUCACUUCCUCCUCACAUCACUUCCUCCUCACAUCACUUCCUCCUCACAUCACUUCCUCCUCACAUCACUUCCUCCUCACAACACUUCCUCCUCACAUCACUUCCUCCUCACAUCACUUCCUCCUCACAUCACUUCCUCCUCACAUCACUUCCUCCUCACAUCACUUCCUCCUCACAUCACUUCCUCCUCACAUCACUUCCUCCUCACAUCACUUCCUCCUCACAUCACUUCCUCCUCACAUCACUUCCUCCUCACAUCACUUCCUCCUCACAUCACUUCCUCCUCACAUCACUUCCUCCUCACAUCACUUCCUCCUCACAUCACUUCCUCCUCACAUCACUUCCUCCUCACAUCACUUCCUCCUCACAUCACUUCCUCCUCACAUCACUUCCUCCUCACAAUCACUUCCUCCUCACAUCACUUCCUCCUCACAAUCACUUCCUCCUCACAUCACUUCCUCCUCACAACACUUCCUCCUCACAUCACUUCCUCCUCACAACACUUCCUCCUCACAUCACUUCCUCCUCACAUCACUUCCUCCUCACAUCACUUCCUCCUCACAUCACUUCCUCCUCACAACACUUCCUCCUCACAUCACUUCCUCCUCACAACACUUCCUCCUCACAUCACUUCCUCCUCACAACACUUCCUCCUCACAUCACUUCCUCCUCACAUCACUUCCUCCUCACAUCACUUCCUCCUCACAUCACUUCCUCCUCACAUCACUUCCUCCUCACAUCACUUCCUCCUCACAUCACUUCCUCCUCACAUCACUUCCUCCUCACAACACUUCCUCCUCACAUCACUUCCUCCUCACCUCACUUCCUCCUCACAUCACUUCCUCCUCACAUCACUUCCUCCUCACAUCACUUCCUCCUCACAUCACUUCCUCCUCACAACACUUCCUCCUCACAUCACUUCCUCCUCACAUCACUUCCUCCUCACAUCACUUCCUCCUCACAUCACUUCCUCCUCACAACACUUCCUCCUCACAUCACUUCCUCCUCACAACACUUCCUCCUCACAUCACUUCCUCCUCACAACACUUCCUCCUCACAUCACUUCCUCCUCACAUCACUUCCUCCUCACAUCACUUCCUCCUCACAUCACUUCCUCCUCACAUCACUUCCUCCUCACAACACUUCCUCCUCACAACACUUCCUCCUCACAUCACUUCCUCCUCACAACACUUCCUCCUCACAACACUUCCUCCUCACAUCACUUCCUCCUCACAUCACUUCCUCCUCACAUCACUUCCUCCUCACAACACUUCCUCCUCACAUCACUUCCUCCUCACAACACUUCCUCCUCACAUCACUUCCUCCUCACAUCACUUCCUCCUCACAUCACUUCCUCCUCACAUCACUUCCUCCUCACAACACUUCCUCCUCACAUCACUUCCUCCUCACAACACUUCCUCCUCACAUCACUUCCUCCUCACAACACUUCCUCCUCACAUCACUUCCUCCUCACAUCACUUCCUCCUCACAUCACUUCCUCCUCACAUCACUUCCUCCUCACAUCACUUCCUCCUCACAUCACUUCCUCCUCACAUCACUUCCUCCUCACAACACUUCCUCCUCACAUCACUUCCUCCUCACCUCACUUCCUCCUCACAUCACUUCCUCCUCACAUCACUUCCUCCUCACAUCACUUCCUCCUCACAUCACUUCCUCCUCACAACACUUCCUCCUCACAUCACUUCCUCCUCACAACACUUCCUCCUCACAUCACUUCCUCCUCACAACACUUCCUCCUCACAUCACUUCCUCCUCACAUCACUUCCUCCUCACAUCACUUCCUCCUCACAUCACUUCCUCCUCACAUCACUUCCUCCUCACAUCACUUCCUCCUCACAUCACUUCCUCCUCACAACACUUCCUCCUCACAUCACUUCCUCCUCACCUCACUUCCUCCUCACAUCACUUCCUUCUCACAUCACUUCCUCCUCACAUCACUUCCUCCUCACAUCACUUCCUCCUCACAACACUUCCACCUCACAUCACUUCCUCCUCACAUCACUUCCUCCUCACAUCACUUCCUCCUCACAUCACUUCCUCCUCACAUCACUUCCUCCUUACAUCACUUCCUCCUCACAACACUUCCUCCUCACAUCACUUCCUCCUCAUAUCACUUCCUCCUCACAUCACUUCCUCCUCACAACACUUCCUCCUCACAUCACUUCCUCCUCACAUCACUUCCUCCUCACAUCACUUCCUCCUCACAUCACUUCCUCCUCACAUCACUUCCUCCUCACAUCACUUCCUCCUCACAUCACUUCCUCCUCACAUCACUUCCUCCUCACAACACUUCCUCCUCACAUCACUUCCUCCUCACAUCACUUCCUCCUCACAUCACUUCCUCCUCACAACACUUCCUCCUCACAUCACUUCCUCCUCACAUCACUUCCUCCUCACAACACUUCCUCCUCACAUCACUUCCUCCUCACAACACUUCCUCCUCACAUCACUUCCUCCUCACAUCACUUCCUCCUCACAUCACUUCCUCCUCACAUCACUUCCUCCUCACAACACUUCCUCCUCACAUCACUUCCUCCUCACAUCACUUCCUCCUCACAUCACUUCCUCCUCACAUCACUUCCUCCUCACAACACUUCCUCCUCACAUCACUUCCUCCUCACAACACUUCCUCCUCACAUCACUUCCUCCUCACAACACUUCCUCCUCACAUCACUUCCUCCUCACAUCACUUCCUCCUCACAUCACUUCCUCCUCACAUCACUUCCUCCUCACAACACUUCCUCCUCACAACACUUCCUCCUCACAACACUUCCUCCUCACAUCACUUCCUCCUCACAACACUUCCUCCUCACAUCACUUCCUCCUCACAUCACUUCCUCCUCACAUCACUUCCUCCUCACAACACUUCCUCCUCACAUCACUUCCUCCUCACAACACUUCCUCCUCACAUCACUUCCUCCUCACAUCACUUCCUCCUCACAUCACUUCCUCCUCACAUCACUUCCUCCUCACAACACUUCCUCCUCACAUCACUUCCUCCUCACAUCACUUCCUCCUCACAUCACUUCCUCCUCACAACACUUCCUCCUCACAUCACUUCCUCCUCACAACACUUCCUCCUCACAUCACUUCCUCCUCACAUCACUUCCUCCUCACAUCACUUCCUCCUCACAUCACUUCCUCCUCACAACACUUCCUCCUCACAUCACUUCCUCCUCACAACACUUCCUCCUCACAUCACUUCCUCCUCACAACACUUCCUCCUCACAUCACUUCCUCCUCACAUCACUUCCUCCUCACAUCACUUCCUCCUCACAUCACUUCCUCCUCACAUCACUUCCUCCUCACAUCACUUCCUCCUCACAUCACUUCCUCCUCACAACACUUCCUCCUCACAUCACUUCCUCCUCACCUCACUUCCUCCUCACAUCACUUCCUCCUCACAUCACUUCCUCCUCACAUCACUUCCUCCUCACAUCACUUCCUCCUCACAACACUUCCUCCUCACAUCACUUCCUCCUCACAUCACUUCCUCCUCACAUCACUUCCUCCUCACAUCACUUCCUCCUCACAACACUUCCUCCUCACAUCACUUCCUCCUCACAACACUUCCUCCUCACAUCACUUCCUCCUCACAACACUUCCUCCUCACAUCACUUCCUCCUCACAUCACUUCCUCCUCACAUCACUUCCUCCUCACAUCACUUCCUCCUCACAUCACUUCCUCCUCACAACACUUCCUCCUCACAACACUUCCUCCUCACAUCACUUCCUCCUCACAACACUUCCUCCUCACAACACUUCCUCCUCACAUCACUUCCUCCUCACAUCACUUCCUCCUCACAUCACUUCCUCCUCACAACACUUCCUCCUCACAUCACUUCCUCCUCACAACACUUCCUCCUCACAUCACUUCCUCCUCACAUCACUUCCUCCUCACAUCACUUCCUCCUCACAUCACUUCCUCCUCACAAUCACUUCCUCCUCACAUCACUUCCUCCUCACAACACUUCCUCCUCACAUCACUUCCUCCUCACAACACUUCCUCCUCACAUCACUUCCUCCUCACAUCACUUCCUCCUCACAUCACUUCCUCCUCACAUCACUUCCUCCUCACAUCACUUCCUCCUCACAUCACUUCCUCCUCACAUCACUUCCUCCUCACAUCACUUCCUCCUCACAUCACUUCCUCCUCACAUCACUUCCUCCUCACAUCACUUCCUCCUCACAUCACUUCCUCCUCACAUCACUUCCUCCUCACAUCACUUCCUCCUCACAUCACUUCCUCCUCACACACUUCCUCCUCACAUCACUUCCUCCUCACAACACUUCCUCCUCACAUCACUUCCUCCUCACAACACUUCCUCCUCACAUCACUUCCUCCUCACAUCACUUCCUCCUCACAACACUUCCUCCUCACAUCACUUCCUCCUCACAUCACUUCCUCCUCACAUCACUUCCUCCUCACAUCACUUCCUCCUCACAACACUUCCUCCUCACAUCACUUCCUCCUCACAACACUUCCUCCUCACAUCACUUCCUCCUCACAACACUUCUUCCUCACAUCACUUCCUCCUCACAUCACUUCCUCCUCACAUCACUUCCUCCUCACAUCACUUCCUCCUCACAACACUUCCUCCUCACAACACUUCCUCCUCACAACACUUCCUCCUCACAUCACUUCCUCCUCACAACACUUCCUCCUCACAUCACUUCCUCCUCACAUCACUUCCUCCUCACAUCACUUCCUCCUCACAACACUUCCUCCUCACAUCACUUCCUCCUCACAACACUUCCUCCUCACAUCACUUCCUCCUCACAUCACUUCCUCCUCACAUCACUUCCUCCUCACAUCACUUCCUCCUCACAACACUUCCUCCUCACAUCACUUCCUCCUCACAUCACUUCCUCCUCACAUCACUUCCUCCUCACAACACUUCCUCCUCACAUCACUUCCUCCUCACAACACUUCCUCCUCACAUCACUUCCUCCUCACAUCACUUCCUCCUCACAUCACUUCCUCCUCACAUCACUUCCUCCUCACAACACUUCCUCCUCACAUCACUUCCUCCUCACAACACUUCCUCCUCACAUCACUUCCUCCUCACAACACUUCCUCCUCACAUCACUUCCUCCUCACAUCACUUCCUCCUCACAUCACUUCCUCCUCACAUCACUUCCUCCUCACAUCACUUCCUCCUCACAUCACUUCCUCCUCACAUCACUUCCUCCUCACAACACUUCCUCCUCACAUCACUUCCUCCUCACCUCACUUCCUCCUCACAUCACUUCCUCCUCACAUCACUUCCUCCUCACAUCACUUCCUCCUCACAUCACUUCCUCCUCACAACACUUCCUCCUCACAUCACUUCCUCCUCACAUCACUUCCUCCUCACAACACUUCCUCCUCACAUCACUUCCUCCUCACAACACUUCCUCCUCACAUCACUUCCUCCUCACAACACUUCCUCCUCACAUCACUUCCUCCUCACAUCACUUCCUCCUCACAUCACUUCCUCCUCACAUCACUUCCUCCUCACAUCACUUCCUCCUCACAUCACUUCCUCCUCACAUCACUUCCUCCUCACAACACUUCCUCCUCACAUCACUUCCUCCUCACCUCACUUCCUCCUCACAUCACUUCCUCCUCACAUCACUUCCUCCUCACAUCACUUCCUCCUCACAUCACUUCCUCCUCACAACACUUCCUCCUCACAUCACUUCCUCCUCACAACACUUCCUCCUCACAUCACUUCCUCCUCACAACACUUCCUCCUCACAUCACUUCCUCCUCACAUCACUUCCUCCUCACAUCACUUCCUCCUCACAUCACUUCCUCCUCACAUCACUUCCUCCUCACAUCACUUCCUCCUCACAUCACUUCCUCCUCACAACACUUCCUCCUCACAUCACUUCCUCCUCACCUCACUUCCUCCUCACAUCACUUCCUCCUCACAUCACUUCCUCCUCACAUCACUUCCUCCUCACAUCACUUCCUCCUCACAACACUUCCACCUCACAUCACUUCCUCCUCACAUCACUUCCUCCUCACAUCACUUCCUCCUCACAUCACUUCCUCCUCACAUCACUUCCUCCUUACAUCACUUCCUCCUCACAACACUUCCUCCUCACAUCACUUCCUCCUCAUAUCACUUCCUCCUCACAUCACUUCCUCCUCACAACACUUCCUCCUCACAUCACUUCCUCCUCACAUCACUUCCUCCUCACAUCACUUCCUCCUCACAUCACUUCCUCCUCACAUCACUUCCUCCUCACAUCACUUCCUCCUCACAUCACUUCCUCUCACAUCACUUCCUCCUCACAUCACUUCCUCCUCACAACACUUCCUCCUCACAUCACUUCCUCCUCACAUCACUUCCUCCUCACAUCACUUCCUCCUCACAACACUUCCUCCUCACAUCACUUCCUCCUCACAUCACUUCCUCCUCACAACACUUCCUCCUCACAUCACUUCCUCCUCACAACACUUCCUCCUCACAUCACUUCCUCCUCACAUCACUUCCUCCUCACAUCACUUCCUCCUCACAUCACUUCCUCCUCACAACACUUCCUCCUCACAUCACUUCCUCCUCACAUCACUUCCUCCUCACAUCACUUCCUCCUCACAUCACUUCCUCCUCACAACACUUCCUCCUCACAUCACUUCCUCCUCACAACACUUCCUCCUCACAUCACUUCCUCCUCACAACACUUCCUCCUCACAUCACUUCCUCCUCACAUCACUUCCUCCUCACAUCACUUCCUCCUCACAUCACUUCCUCCUCACAACACUUCCUCCUCACAACACUUCCUCCUCACAACACUUCCUCCUCACAUCACUUCCUCCUCACAACACUUCCUCCUCACAUCACUUCCUCCUCACAUCACUUCCUCCUCACAUCACUUCCUCCUCACAACACUUCCUCCUCACAUCACUUCCUCCUCACAACACUUCCUCCUCACAUCACUUCCUCCUCACAUCACUUCCUCCUCACAUCACUUCCUCCUCACAUCACUUCCUCCUCACAUACACUUCCUCCUCACAUCACUUCCUCCUCACAUCACUUCCUCCUCACAUCACUUCCUCCUCACAACACUUCCUCCUCACAUCACUUCCUCCUCACAACACUUCCUCCUCACAUCACUUCCUCCUCACAUCACUUCCUCCUCACAUCACUUCCUCCUCACAUCACUUCCUCCUCACAACACUUCCUCCUCACAUCACUUCCUCCUCACAACACUUCCUCCUCACAUCACUUCCUCCUCACAACACUUCCUCCUCACAUCACUUCCUCCUCACAUCACUUCCUCCUCACAUCACUUCCUCCUCACAUCACUUCCUCCUCACAUCACUUCCUCCUCACAUCACUUCCUCCUCACAUCACUUCCUCCUCACAACACUUCCUCCUCACAUCACUUCCUCCUCACCUCACUUCCUCCUCACAUCACUUCCUCCUCACAUCACUUCCUCCUCACAUCACUUCCUCCUCACAUCACUUCCUCCUCACAACACUUCCUCCUCACAUCACUUCCUCCUCACAUCACUUCCUCCUCACAUCACUUCCUCCUCACAUCACUUCCUCCUCACAACACUUCCUCCUCACAUCACUUCCUCCUCACAACACUUCCUCCUCACAUCACUUCCUCCUCACAACACUUCCUCCUCACAUCACUUCCUCCUCACAUCACUUCCUCCUCACAUCACUUCCUCCUCACAUCACUUCCUCCUCACAUCACUUCCUCCUCACAACACUUCCUCCUCACAACACUUCCUCCUCACAUCACUUCCUCCUCACAACACUUCCUCCUCACAACACUUCCUCCUCACAUCACUUCCUCCUCACAUCACUUCCUCCUCACAUCACUUCCUCCUCACAACACUUCCUCCUCACAUCACUUCCUCCUCACAACACUUCCUCCUCACAUCACUUCCUCCUCACAUCACUUCCUCCUCACAUCACUUCCUCCUCACAUCACUUCCUCCUCACAACACUUCCUCCUCACAUCACUUCCUCCUCACAACACUUCCUCCUCACAUCACUUCCUCCUCACAACACUUCCUCCUCACAUCACUUCCUCCUCACAUCACUUCCUCCUCACAUCACUUCCUCCUCACAUCACUUCCUCCUCACAUCACUUCCUCCUCACAUCACUUCCUCCUCACAUCACUUCCUCCUCACAACACUUCCUCCUCACAUCACUUCCUCCUCACCUCACUUCCUCCUCACAUCACUUCCUCCUCACAUCACUUCCUCCUCACAUCACUUCCUCCUCACAUCACUUCCUCCUCACAACACUUCCUCCUCACAUCACUUCCUCCUCACAACACUUCCUCCUCACAUCACUUCCUCCUCACAACACUUCCUCCUCACAUCACUUCCUCCUCACAUCACUUCCUCCUCACAUCACUUCCUCCUCACAUCACUUCCUCCUCACAUCACUUCCUCCUCACAUCACUUCCUCCUCACAUCACUUCCUCCUCACAACACUUCCUCCUCACAUCACUUCCUCCUCACCUCACUUCCUCCUCACAUCACUUCCUCCUCACAUCACUUCCUCCUCACAUCACUUCCUCCUCACAUCACUUCCUCCUCACAACACUUCCACCUCACAUCACUUCCUCCUCACAUCACUUCCUCCUCACAUCACUUCCUCCUCACAUCACUUCCUCCUCACAUCACUUCCUCCUUACAUCACUUCCUCCUCACAACACUUCCUCCUCACAUCACUUCCUCCUCAUAUCACUUCCUCCUCACAUCACUUCCUCCUCACAACACUUCCUCCUCACAUCACUUCCUCCUCACAUCACUUCCUCCUCACAUCACUUCCUCCUCACAUCACUUCCUCCUCACAUCACUUCCUCCUCACAUCACUUCCUCCUCACAUCACUUCCUCCUCACAUCACUUCCUCCUCACAACACUUCCUCCUCACAUCACUUCCUCCUCACAUCACUUCCUCCUCACAUCACUUCCUCCUCACAACACUUCCUCCUCACAUCACUUCCUCCUCACAUCACUUCCUCCUCACAACACUUCCUCCUCACAUCACUUCCUCCUCACAACACUUCCUCCUCACAUCACUUCCUCCUCACAUCACUUCCUCCUCACAUCACUUCCUCCUCACAUCACUUCCUCCUCACAACACUUCCUCCUCACAUCACUUCCUCCUCACAACACUUCCUCCUCACAUCACUUCCUCCUCACAACACUUCCUCCUCACAUCACUUCCUCCUCACAUCACUUCCUCCUCACAUCACUUCCUCCUCACAUCACUUCCUCCUCACAUCACUUCCUCCUCACAUCACUUCCUCCUCACAUCACUUCCUCCUCACAUCACUUCCUCCUCACAUCACUUCCUCCUCACAUCACUUCCUCCUCACAUCACUUCCUCCUCACAUCACUUCCUCCUCACAUCACUUCCUCCUCACAAUACUUCCUCCUCACAUCACUUCCUCCUCACCUCACUUCCUCCUCACAUCACUUCCUCCUCACAUCACUUCCUCCUCACAUCACUUCCUCCUCACAUCACUUCCUCCUCACAACACUUCCUCCUCACAUCACUUCCUCCUCACAUCACUUCCUCCUCACAUCACUUCCUCCUCACAACACUUCCUCCUCACAUCACUUCCUCCUCACAACACUUCCUCCUCACAUCACUUCCUUCUCACAUCACUUCCUCCUCACAUCACUUCCUCCUCACAUCACUUCCUCCUCACAUCACUUCCUCCUCAGAUCACUUCCUCCUCACAUCACUUCCUCCUCACAUCACUUCCUCCUCACACACUUCCUCCUCACAUCACUUCCUCCUCACAUCACUUCCUCCUCACAUCACUUCCUCCUCACAUCACUUCCUCCUCACAUCACUUCCUCCUCACAUCACUUCCUCCUCACAUCACUUCCUCCUCACAUCACUUCCUCCUCACAUCACUUCCUCCUCACAUCACUUCCUCCUCACAACACUUCCUCCUCACAUCACUUCCUCCUCACAUCACUUCCUCCUCACAUCACUUCCUCCUCACAUCACUUCCUCCUCACAUCACUUCCUCCUCACAACACUUCCUCCUCACAUCACUUCCUCCUCACAUCACUUCCUCCUCACAUCACUUCCUCCUCACAUCACUUCCUCCUCACAUCACUUCCUCCUCACAUCACUUCCUCCUCACAUCACUUCCUCCUCACAUCACUUCCUCCUCACAACACUUCCUCCUCACAUCACUUCCUCCUCACAUCACUUCCUCCUCACAUCACUUCCUCCUCACAACACUUCCUCCUCACAUCACUUCCUCCUCACAACACUUCCUCCUCACAUCACUUCCUCCUCACAUCACUUCCUCCUCACAUCACUUCCUCCUCACAUCACUUCCUCCUCACAUCACUUCCUCCUCACAACACUUCCUCCUCACAUCACUUCCUCCUCACAACACUUCCUCCUCACAUCACUUCCUCCUCACAACACUUCCUCCUCACAUCACUUCCUCCUCACAUCACUUCCUCCUCACAUCACUUCCUCCUCACAUCACUUCCUCCUCACAUCACUUCCUCCUCACAUCACUUCCUCCUCACAUCACUUCCUCCUCACAACACUUCCUCCUCACAUCACUUCCUCCUCACCUCACUUCCUCCUCACAUCACUUCCUCCUCACAUCACUUCCUCCUCACAUCACUUCCUCCUCACAUCACUUCCUCCUCACAACACUUCCUCCUCACAUCACUUCCUCCUCACAUCACUUCCUCCUCACAUCACUUCCUCCUCACAUCACUUCCUCCUCACAACACUUCCUCCUCACAUCACUUCCUCCUCACAACACUUCCUCCUCACAUCACUUCCUCCUCACAACACUUCCUCCUCACAUCACUUCCUCCUCACAUCACUUCCUCCUCACAUCACUUCCUCCUCACAUCACUUCCUCCUCACAUCACUUCCUCCUCACAUCACUUCCUCCUCACAUCACUUCCUCCUCACAACACUUCCUCCUCACAUCACUUCCUCCUCACCUCACUUCCUCCUCACAUCACUUCCUCCUCACAUCACUUCCUCCUCACAUCACUUCCUCCUCACAUCACUUCCUCCUCACAACACUUCCUCCUCACAUCACUUCCUCCUCACAUCACUUCCUCCUCACAUCACUUCCUCCUCACAUCACUUCCUCCUCACAUCACUUCCUCCUCAUAUCACUUCCUCCUCACAUCACUUCCUCCUCACAACACUUCCUCCUCACAUCACUUCCUCCUCACAUCACUUCCUCCUCACAUCACUUCCUCCUCACAUCACUUCCUCCUCACAUCACUUCCUCCUCACAUCACUUCCUCCUCACAAUCACUUCCUCCUCACAUCACUUCCUCCUCACAACACUUCCUCCUCACAACACUUCCUCCUCACAUCACUUCCUCCUCACAACACUUCCUCCUCACAACACUUCCUCCUCACAUCACUUCCUCCUCACAACACUUCCUCCUCACAUCACUUCCUCCUCACAUCACUUCCUCCUCACAUCACUUCCUCCUCACAUCACUUCCUCCUCACAUCACUUCCUCCUCACAUCACUUCCUCCUCACAUCACUUCCUCCUCACAUCACUUCCUCCUCACAACACUUCCUCCUCACAUCACUUCCUCCUCACCUCACUUCCUCCUCACAUCACUUCCUCCUCACAUCACUUCCUCCUCACAUCACUUCCUCCUCACAUCACUUCCUCCUCACAACACUUCCUCCUCACAUCACUUCCUCCUCACAUCACUUCCUCCUCACAUCACUUCCUCCUCACAUCACUUCCUCCUCACAUCACUUCCUCCUCAUAUCACUUCCUCCUCACAUCACUUCCUCCUCACAACACUUCCUCCUCACAUCACUUCCUCCUCACAUCACUUCCUCCUCACAUCACUUCCUCCUCACAUCACUUCCUCCUCACAUCACUUCCUCCUCACAUCACUUCCUCCUCACAUCACUUCCUCCUCACAACACUUCCUCCUCACAUCACUUCCUCCUCACAACACUUCCUCCUCACAACACUUCCUCCUCACAUCACUUCCUCCUCACAACACUUCCUCCUCACAACACUUCCUCCUCACAUCACUUCCUCCUCACAUCACUUCCUCCUCACAUCACUUCCUCCUCACAUCACUUCCUCCUCACAUCACUUCCUCCUCACAUCACUUCCUCCUCACAUCACUUCCUCCUCACAUCACUUCCUCCUCACAUCACUUCCUCCUCACAUCACUUCCUCCUCACAUCACUUCCUCCUCACAACACUUCCUCCUCACAUCACUUCCUCCUCACAACACUUCCUCCUCACAUCACUUCCUCCUCACAACACUUCCUCCUCACAUCACUUCCUCCUCACAUCACUUCCUCCUCACAUCACUUCCUCCUCACAUCACUUCCUCCUCACAUCACUUCCUCCUCACAUCACUUCCUCCUCACAUCACUUCCUCCUCACAUCACUUCCUCCUCACAACACUUCCUCCUCACAUCACUUCCUCCUCACCUCACUUCCUCCUCACAUCAAUUCCUCCUCACAUCACUUCCUCCUCACAUCACUUCCUCCUCACAUCACUUCCUCCUCACAACACUUCCUCCUCACAUCACUUCCUCCUCACAUCACUUCCUCCUCACAUCACUUCCUCCUCACAACACUUCCUCCUCACAUCACUUCCUCCUCACAACACUUCCUCCUCACAUCACUUCCUCCUCACAUCACUUCCUCCUCACAUCACUUCCUCCUCACAUCACUUCCUCCUCACAUCACUUCCUCCUCACAUCACUUCCUCCUCACAUCACUUCCUCCUCACAUCACUUCCUCCUCACAAUCACUUCCUCCUCACAUCACUUCCUCCUCACAUCACUUCCUCCUCACAUCACUUCCUCCUCACAUCACUUCCUCCUCACAUCACUUCCUCCUCACAUCACUUCCUCCUCACAUCACUUCCUCCUCACAUCACUUCCUCCUCACAUCACUUCCUCCUCACAACACUUCCUCCUCACAUCACUUCCUCCUCACAUCACUUCCUCCUCACAUCACUUCCUCCUCACAUCACUUCCUCCUCACAUCACUUCCUCCUCACAUCACUUCCUCCUCACAUCACUUCCUCCUCACAUCACUUCCUCCUCACAUCACUUCCUCCUCACAUCACUUCCUCCUCACAACACUUCCUCCUCACAUCACUUCCUCCUCACAUCACUUCCUCCUCACAUCACUUCCUCCUCACAUCACUUCCUCCUCACAUCACUUCCUCCUCACAUCACUUCCUCCUCACAUCACUUCCUCCUCACAACACUUCCUCCUCACAUCACUUCCUCCUCACAUCACUUCCUCCUCACAUCACUUCCUCCUCACAACACUUCCUCCUCACAUCACUUCCUCCUCACAUCACUUCCUCCUCACAUCACUUCCUCCUCACAUCACUUCCUCCUCACAUCACUUCCUCCUCACAUCACUUCCUCCUCACAACACUUCCUCCUCACAUCACUUCCUCCUCACAUCACUUCCUCCUUACAUCACUUCCUCCUCACAACACUUCCUCCUCACAUCACUUCCUCCUCACAACACUUCCUCCUCACAUCACUUCCUCCUCACAUCACUUCCUUCUCACAUCACUUCCUCCUCACAUCACUUCCUCCUCACAUCACUUCCUCCUCACAUCACUUCCUCCUCACAUCACUUCCUCCUCACAUCACAGGACUCCCCUCACACCGCUCCCCCCACAGGUCUCCCCCACAGCGCUCCCCCCACAGCGCUCCCCCCACAGAGCUCCCCCCACAGCGCUCCCACCACAGCGCUCCCACCACUAG